CGUUGGAGAGGGCGGUCCGCGCCGGGAGAGGAGCGCGCCACUCGGGACCCGGAGCGCUCAGCGCGCCGCCAGCGCCCCCCGGCCGGGAGACCCCGCCUGCCCCGCGCCCGUCCCGGAGCCCCGCGCCCAAGAGAACCCCCUCGUUCGCCCCGCGCCCGGGAGACCCUCUCUCGUCCGCACCGCGGCCCCCCAUCCCGUGUGGGCCCCCGAGGCCGGCGGCCGCCAUGGCCGUGAGCGGGGCGCCCCUGCUCGGCUGCCUGCUGGCGCUGCUGGCGCUGUGGCCCGAGGGGCGCCCGCAGACGGUGCUGACCGACGACGAGAUCGAGGAGUUCCUCGAGGGCUUCCUGUCGGAGCUGGAGCCCGAGCGCCGAGAGGAGGACGUGGAGGCCCCGCCGCCUCCCGCGCCCACCCCUCGGGGCCGCAAAGCCCCGGCGGGGGGUAAGAAGACGGUGGCGCCGGGGGCGACUGGAGAGGCAUCUCCAGAAAAGGCCAAAGACAAAGGAAAGAAAGGGAAGAAGGAAAAAGGCCCCAAGCCAACCACGCCGUCCUUGGAGGGGUCCCCCAGGCCACCAAAGAAAGGGCGGGAGAAGCCACCCAAGACCACCAAAAAGCCCAAAGAGAAGCCAGCCAAGGCCACCAAGAAGCCCAAAGAGAAGCCACCCAAGGCCACCAAGAAGCCCAAGGAGAAGCCACCCAAGGCCACCAAGAAGCCCAAGGAGAAGCCACCCAAGGCCACCAAGAAGCCCUUGGCUGGGAAGAAGCCCCCGACCUCGGCCCCCUCUGAAACCCUGGGGCGGCCGCUGCCCCUGCCCCCCAGCCCUGGCCUUGAGGAGCUGCUGCGGGAGGGAGAGCAAGAGGAGGAAACCGAGCCGCCCACACUGGACUAUAACGACCAGAUAGAGAGGGAGGACUAUGAGGACUUUGAGUACAUCCGGCGCCACAAGCAGCCCAGGCCGCCACCCAGCAGGAGGAGGCCCGAGAGGCCCCGGCCUGAGCCGCCAGAGGAGCCCAAGCCACCCCAGCUGGUGGUCGAGGUCCCGGAGGAGAAAACAGAGCAGCCUCACAAGCCCCUGCUGCCCCUGCCGCCGCCCCCCGAUGAGGAUGAUGGCUUUGGGAUCUCCAACUUCGACGGCAUUGACUAUUACUUCCGGCCUCCCUGGUCUCUGAAGCCAGACGCCGAGCUGGAGACGGAUGAAGAGAAGGAGAAGCUGAAGAAACCCAAAAAGGAGGGCAGCAGCCCCAAGGAGGAGACAGAAGACCCAUGGGCCGUGGACAAGGGCAAGGACCGCAAGGGGCCCAAGAAAGGGGAGGAGUUGGAAGAAGAGUGGGCCCCGACCGAGAAAAUCAAGUGCCCCCCCAUCGGGAUGGAGUCGCACCGCAUCGAGGACAAUCAGAUCCGCGCCUCCUCCAUGCUGCGGCACGGCCUGGGGGCGCAGCGCGGUAGGCUCAACAUACAGGCAGGGGCUGACGAGGACGACUACUUCGAUGGGGCAUGGUGCGCAGAGGAUGACGCACAGACGCAGUGGAUCGAGGUGGACACCAGGCGGACCACCCGCUUCACCGGGGUCAUCACCCAGGGCCGGGACUCCAGUGUCCAUUCUGACUUCGUGACCACCUUCUUCGUGGGCUUCAGCAACGACAGCCAGACGUGGGUGAUGUACACCAAUGGCUACGAGGAGAUGACCUUCCACGGAAAUGUGGACAAGGAAACACCUGUGCUGAGCGAGUUUCCCGAGCCGGUGGUGGCCCGUUUCAUCCGCGUCUACCCGCUCACCUGGAACGGCAGCCUCUGCCUGCGCCUGGAGGUGCUGGGCUGCCCCUUGUCCCCCAUCCACAGCUACUACACGCAGAAUGAGGUGGUGACCAUGGAUGACCUGGACUUCCGCCACCACAGCUACAAGGACAUGCGCCAGCUGAUGAAGGUGGUGAACGAGGAAUGCCCCACCAUCACCCGCACAUACAGCCUGGGCAAGAGUGCGCGCGGGCUGAAGAUCUACGCCAUGGAGAUCUCGGACAAUCCAGGGGACCACGAGCUGGGGGAGCCUGAGUUCCGCUACACAGCCGGGAUCCAUGGCAACGAGGUGCUGGGCCGCGAGCUGCUGCUGCUGCUGAUGCAGUACCUGUGCCGUGAGUACCGCAACGGGAACCCCCGCGUGCGGAGCCUGGUGCAGGACACGCGCAUCCACUUGGUGCCCUCACUCAACCCAGACGGCUAUGAGAUUGCAGCGCAGAUGGGCUCCGAGUUUGGGAACUGGGCGUUGGGACUGUGGACUGAGGAGGGCUUCGACAUCUUUGAGGACUUCCCGGAUCUCAACUCUGUGCUUUGGGGCGCCGAGGAGAGGAAGUGGGUCCCCUACCGGGUCCCCAACAAUAACCUGCCCAUUCCGGAACGCUACCUCUCCCCGGAUGCCACGGUGUCCACGGAGGUCCGGGCCAUCAUUGCCUGGAUGGAAAAGAACCCCUUUGUGCUGGGGGCCAACCUGAACGGGGGCGAACGGCUCGUGUCCUACCCGUACGACAUGGCACACACGCCCAGCCAGGAGCAGCUGCUGGCUGCCGCCAUGGCCGCUGCCCGAGGAGAGGAUGAGGAUGAGGUGUCAGAGGCCCAGGAGACCCCAGACCACGCCGUCUUCCGCUGGCUGGCGGUGUCCUAUGCCUCGGCCCACCUGAGCAUGACUGAGCCCUACCGGGGAGGGUGCCAAGCCCAGGACUACACGAGUGGCACAGGCAUCGUCAACGGAGCCAAGUGGAACCCCCGCUCGGGGACCAUCAAUGACUUCAGUUACCUGCACACCAACUGCCUGGAGCUCUCCAUCUACCUGGGCUGUGACAAGUUCCCGCACGAGAGUGAGCUGCCCGGAGAGUGGGAGAACAACAAGGAGGCGCUGCUCACGUUCAUGGAGCAGGUCCACCGUGGCAUCAAGGGGGUCGUGACAGACGAGCAAGGCAUCCCCAUCGCCAAUGCCACCAUCUCCGUGAGCGGCAUCAACCACGGCGUGAAGACAGCGAGCGGCGGCGACUACUGGCGCAUUCUGAACCCGGGCGAGUACCGCGUGACGGCCCACGCGGAGGGCUUCACCCCCAGCGCCAAGACCUGCAACGUGGACUACGACAUCGGGGCCACGCAGUGCAACUUCGUGCUGGCCCGCUCCAACUGGAAGCGCAUCCGUGAAAUCAUGGCCCUAAACGGCAACCGGCCCAUCCCCCGCAUCGACCCGUCCCGCCCCAUGACCCCCCAGCAGCGGAUGAUGCAGCGGCGCCGCCUGCAGUACCGCCUGAGGAUGCGGGAGCAGAUGCGCCUGCGCCGCCUCAACGCCACCGCCAGCCCGGCGCCCCCCACCGCGCCGCCUCCCACCCCCACGCUGCCCCCCAGUCCCGCCCCCACCCCCACCCCCGGCCCCACCCCCGGCCCCACGCCGGGACACUGGUACCCCCUCCCCCCGACCACGGCCGGCUGGGAGGAGCUGGAUACCGAGAUCUACACGGAAGUGGUGACGGAAUUUGGGACCGAGUGGGAGCCCGAGGAGGGGGAACUGGAGGAGGAGUUGGGCACUCCAACGUUCCCCUUCACCAGGGCUGAGACCUACACUGUUUACUUUGAAGACUGAGGAUAAGGUGCCUGCUGCUCCACUCAGUGCUCGCAGCCCCCAGCCCACGGAGGCUCAGCGUGCGGGUCCUACCCAGGAACUACCCCCCAGGGUUGGGAAGGGUGCCACCAAGACCCAAGAAGCAGAAUCUGUAGUGCAGAGAUCUCCAGGCAGCCUUGGGGUUGUGUGGAUUGGAGUGGGAGGGGAUGAGGGGAUCUGCAGCCUUCUGCCCCACCCACCCUGCUCAUGCCAAUAAAACAAGCUCGCAUGGCAGACA